AUGGAUUUCCCGUACGAUCAUAUCCAGGAGGAGAUCCUCGCCGCCAACGAUCCAUCCAAGAAAGGCGCCCAGGACGAAUCCUCCAACAACCAGCAACCCAACGUCGACCUGAACACCGAGCUGCAAGAGACAUUUCGCGCUUUUUCUGCUAGUCCAUGGGGUGCACGCAUUGGCGGGUUGUGGGAUAAUGUCCGCAAGCAAGGCGAGACCUAUUAUGAGGGCGCUAGAGAGGAGUAUGCUGCAGUCAGCGAGGAAGCCGUGAAGGGCUUUUCGGACCUCAGAGAGACGAUUGUUGGACGGACACGGGGCCUCUCCCUGAGUACGGGGCUUGCAUCAUCUUCUGAGGAUACGGAGAAGGAGAAGGAGAAGGAUGAGGCGCCCACGCCUACAGCUCCGAAGGCGGGGGGGAGUGAGGGAAAAGAUGCUGAGGGCGAGAGCUUCUUUGCGCGCAUCAAGACAGAAGCGGCCAAGCGGUUCAGAGAGCUUGAGAAGGCGGAGGAAGCUGCCGAUGAAGCCAUCUUGCGCUUUGGAAUGAACAUUCGUCAAAAGCUGCAGGAUGCGGUAAGCAUCGUUCCGCCGGAGUCGGACUCGAGCCAGGUCCUCUUCGAGAGUAAAGAUGCGGAUGGGAAGAGGGUUAUCCAUGCUACGCGUUUCGAGGCCCAGCUGCACGUUAUCCACUCGAAUUUGGAGAACUUCACCAAGGACCCUGAUAGUGACCAGUGGCCUAAGUUCAAUGAGGCUUUCAACGCGGAGGCGAAGACUGGCGAGAUCGCAUCUAAUUUGGAGAAGUAUCCUGAGCUGCGGUCUGCUAUGGAGAAACUUGUGCCAGAACAAGUUGAGUACUCGCAGUUCUGGUCGCGGUACUAUUUCCUUCGUUUUGUGAUUGAGACUGAGGAGCAGAAGCGUAAGGAGCUUCUAAAGGAUGCCAACGUGAACGAAGAAGAGGAAGUCGGCUGGGAUGACGAUUCCGAGCCUGAAUCUGACGAAUCCGACGAAUCCGAAUCUCCCUCUACUCCCCAGGUCAAGGGCAACAAAGCAAACGCCGCCACUCCCACGCAAGGCACUCCCAACCCAGCCGCUGACAAGAAGACCCUGAAGCCGAUUGAGCCCCGUCGCUCGAACGACCAACAAUCCCAGGCUGACAGCGAAUCCAGCUACGAUGUCGUUAGCGGCACCACCAGCCGGACGCCUGGCAGUCCCAAAGAAAAAAGCCCAGCUGCCGAUGCAAAGGGAGACGACAGCGAUGAUGACUGGGAGUAA